CACACAUACUUAUCGUGCGCACCAGCUCACAAAUCUGUGACUUUCUCUCUCUCAAUUUUCUCUUUCCAUGUUGGAAUUGUUUCUGUAACAACAACGUAUUUGGUAGGUCCCACCCUGAUUCUUCGCUGUGUGUCUCAAACCAAACCAAAAAACACACCUUCUCUCUUCACCUCUGUUCUGUACUAAAUUUCCAUGUUCCUGUCUUCAUUGUUUCACUUUCAUUCACCGUUCUUUUGGUUAAAAAUAAUCUCGUUUAAUUACUUUCCUUUUUAUCAUUUUUAUUUUCUCUCUGACCAACAGAAAAACAGUUACACCCUUUUAUUGAAAAACCUUAUUAUAUAUAUAAAAAAAAAAAACAGUAUUUUGGAACCUAGUAUUAGUAUUCUAGUAUUUGUUUGCGGUGUUUCUUGUACUUUGUAUAUGCUUCUAAUCAUCUUUGUUUCACACCCAUGUGCUCAUUUUUGUUUUCUUCCACUUUUCCCUUUCUUCAUUUGGGUUUUCUUUCCUCUUCUAUUUUCUUCAUUUUUGUGUUAAAAAAGCUCAAUUUUUGAGGUCCUAAACUGUUGUUUCUGUGAAAAAAAAAGUCAUCUUCUUGGUGGGUUUAUUGAGGUUCUCUUUUCUUGCUUCAGAUCCAAGUCCAGAGCCUUAAUCAAUCAGGACAUGACUUUGAGAGAAAGUUGUAAUCAUUAAUUUUGAAUAGUAGUGAUUGAAGAUGGAAAAUGUAAGCUUAUGGAUUCAAAAAGAGGAUUUGUGUAUUGAUAGGGAAGAAUUAUCGGAUAAACACGAAGAUUCUUCGAAGUCACAUCUAAAGAAGUUGAUUAAAAGGUCAAACUCUCAUUCAUCGAUACAUGUAAAUGCUAUUCAAUCACAAAUUAGUAAAGGUUUUUUCAAAGGUUUAUUUUUUCGCCAUGUUAAUGGUAUUGACAAUAGGAUUCCGAAGCAUAUGGUAAGUGUGGACGAGAAAUAUCUUCGUCGAUGCUUUGAAUUGGUACAUAAUUGUGCAGUAAAAGCAGCUCAGUGGAACAUACCUAUGAGCUUAAAAGCGACACACAUGGAGAUUUUAUCAGAAAGCUUAAAUUCGGCUAAAUCUUUUGAUGGAAAUUUUGUCUUUGAUUGUCCUGUGGCCACUGAGCCUGGAGGUGUAGUUAUAAGUGCCAAUACCGGAGAAGAAUGGAGUUUAGGGACAGUCAUGGAGAGCGAGAGUAUGAUGAAUAUAUUGAAUAGUGCUUUGCUUCAGAAGUUUGGUAAUUCGGAUAGAACUGAGAAUAUGAACAGGAUGAACUUUUCUGAUGCUAAAGGAUUGAUAUGUUACGAUUUUAUGGACUCUUCUAGUGGUUUGAGUAUAUCUUCAUCGCAUAAACUCGAAAAGGGAAAAACACUUUUUGAGCAAAAUCAUAAUUACGGAACCACUCCUGUCCAUAAAAGGCUUGCUUCCACUUCUAGCGCCACUUCUACUUGUUCUGAUGGGAUGUCUUCAACUUCUACUCUAUCUCAAGGGAUGAUUCAAUGCACUUGGAAGCGAGGGAUUCCUCGUUUUAUUUUUUCUGCGGACGAUCAGAAGGAGGUCUAUGUGGCGAAGUUGACAAAGGUAGUAGACUCAACGGAUGAUAAGGCUUUGGACUAUGUGUACCAGUUUCACUUAAACAAGGGCACUCGAAAGGGUCGUGAGAUUGCUGAUGAUGAUUUGCCGCUUGUUGGGAAGAUGAACGUAUCAACAAGUUUCACUCUUUGUCCGAACAAUUGUAGAAUAAUGGAGACAGAGUUCACGUUCCAUAACAUUGAAGUUUAUGACAACACAUCAGAGUAUUCUCCUCAAAUGAAGAAUAAGGGGAUGGGGCUAAAGAAAAAGGUGUCACAAGUUUUCAGAACUUAUCCAUCAUUCAAAAACAGAACACUCUCAAAAUUGGGCGGAUUAGGUGCCGUAGCGGAGAGCUGUCAGUGGGAUCCACAUGCUCACGGUGGAAUCAAUUUACUAGACACGAAUCUUCCGUCAAAUUUUGAGAUGGCUUCCAUUUUUGUAAAAGACCACCUUCCUUGCAAUAAGCCGCAAACAAUAGGAGGUUGGGGAUUAAAAUUUCUCAACAAAUCCGGCGUAAAGAAAACCGUGCCUUCUUCUGAAAGUUGUAAUCAAAAUAAUGCUGACUGUUCAUCGAGUAUGAGCAUUCUGAUUCCAGCAGGCCCUCAUGGUGGGCCUAGAACCAGAAAUGGUGGUCCAUCAAGUUUGAUUAAUAGAUGGAGAUCUGGCGGUCACUGUGACUGUGGUGGUUGGGAUGAGGGAUGUCCACUAACGGUACUUCAGAAAAGAUCUAGCAAUCUAGAGAUUCCGUCUCAGCUAGAUACGAAAGGCGAAUGCAUGUCGGUCGAUUUAGUUACUCAGGGUUCGAACGAUACCGGCUCCGCUUUAAGGAUGGUAAAUGUUCACGAGGGUCUAUAUUAUAUUCAUUUCCAGCAACCUCUUUCUGCACUGCAGUCUUUCUCCAUUGCUGUGGCUAUAAUUCAUAUGCAAAGUCCUACUCUUCGGCCAAAGAGUGCAUAGGAUCUGUCAUAAUACAAGUAAAAAUACAGAGUUUAUUUACAGCCAUAACUCUCUUACUGUAUUAUAUAAAUGCAACUCGAGAGAAGAUUAUGGUUUUUAUAUGUGAUUCAUGUUUUGUUCUUAUGUUAGGAUUGUUACUUUUCAUAGCGCUAGACGUUAUUUUAUUUAGGAGAACUAGUUAUGUUUGUCCUUUUUGACAAUUCAUAGACAAGAUCAAUUGUGACCUUUUUCCUCAUUCUUUUUUGUUGAAGAGGAUAGAAUGUAUAAUGGUUUGCCGGAGAUAAUUUGGUAUAUUGUAGCAUUGAGAUUGUGUUUGUUUUA